UAAGUUAUGCUACCAAAAGUAGCCAUUGGUUAACUGGUUCUCUGCAAGUACUCCUUGUUGAUCAGUUUCCAUAAAAACCAGGUGAUAUUUACGACUCAAAAAUCAAAGUGAGCAUCUGUAACUCCUCCGAGUCGUCUUACCCGUUUUCUCCGGCUCUCUUUUAUCGAUCCUCUCAAGAAUGAUCCGUUUCAUAGUGCUUCAGAACAGACAAGGGAAGACCCGUCUGGCCAAAUAUUACAUUCCUCUCGAGGAAUCCGAGAAGCACAAGGUCGAGUACGAGGUUCAUCGGUUGGUGGUGAAUAGAGAUCCCAAAUUCACCAACUUUGUGGAGUUCCGUACCCACAAGAUUAUAUACAGAAGAUAUGCAGGAUUGUUUUUCUCACUCUGUGUUGAUAUUACUGACAACGAGUUAGCUUAUCUUGAGAGCAUCCACUUGUUUGUCGAAAUUUUGGAUCAUUUCUUCAGCAACGUCUGUGAACUAGAUUUGGUUUUUAACUUCCACAAGGUAUAUCUGAUAUUAGAUGAGUUCAUUCUUGCUGGGGAACUUCAAGAAACAAGUAAGAAGGCAAUUAUAGAGAGAAUGGGGGAGUUGGAAAAGCAGGAAUAGAGAUUUAUGUUAUUGCUCCAGAUAAGCACCUGCCCUUGCCUCCAAAAUUUGUACCUUCUUUCUGCUGGCUGUUAUUUCCCUGUUAAACAUCUAAAUGUUCUUGUGCUUCAGUUAUCUAUUCGAACGUGGAUCAUUUCUUUCAUUCUUACAUGUAAAGGAGGUUUUCUUUUUGCUUAUUUUAGUAAAGAAUUUCUCUGGAAGUGUCUUUCUUCUCUAUCA